AUGGCCCUCCCAAACGCGCUAUCAAGGCUCAUAGUACCUGUCGUCGCGGGUGCGAUUGUUUUGCAGUCAAGUAUUUACGAUGUUCCAGGAGGCUACCGUGCUGUCAUGUUCGACCGUUUCGCUGGUGUGAAACCUCAAGCGUCAUCUGAGGGGACACAUUUCCUGGUUCCUGGGCUCCAGCGGGCCAUUCUUUAUGACGUGAGGAUUAAGCCUCGGAAUAUCUCUACGACUACUGGCUCAAAAGACCUGCAAAUGGUUACCUUGACUCUGCGAGUGCUGUCAAGACCGGACGUAGACCACCUAUCGAAGAUCUACCAGAGCCUUGGCUUGGACUAUGACGAACGUGUGCUGCCCUCCAUCGGAAACGAAGUGCUAAAGAGUAUUGUCGCACAGUUUGAUGCUGCGGAACUGAUUACACAGCGAGAAGUUGUGUCGUCGCGAAUCCGGGAGGACCUGCUUGCGCGGGCAAAGGAAUUCAAUAUCAAGCUGGAAGACGUGUCAAUCACGCACUUGACGUUCGGAAAGGAGUUCACACAGGCUGUGGAGGCGAAGCAGAUUGCACAACAGGAUGCUGAGCGUGCGAAGUUCAUUGUCGAGAAGGCAGAACAAGAACGUCAGGCUGCGGUCAUCCGUGCGGAAGGCGAAGCGGAGGGCGCUGCGGUGAUUUCUCAGGCACUGAACAAGGUUGGGGAGGCCUUUGUUGCGUUCAAAAAGAUUGAGACGUCAAAGGCGAUUGCGACUGCGCUUGUGCAGAACCCGAAUGUGACGUAUAUUCCGUCUGGGGGAGGAAAUAUUCUGCUGAAUGUGCCAACGCGAAAGUAG